AGCUAUAGUUUCUGCAUCAUCUGUCAUGUACUGAUAGAGUAUUUCAGUCGCAAGUUCCUCCAGUUGAUCUGUUUCUCCGCCGCAAUGACUGGGAACCGUGUUGCGGAUGAGUCCGACACUGCGAAUGCAGUGUCUUCACGUCGCCAUGCAGAUAGCACGCCGUAUGUUCACAAGGUGGGAGUGCCCCCCAAGCAGAGCUUGUUUAAGGAGUUUAAAUUUACUUUCAAGGAGACUUUCUUCCAUGAUGACCCGUUGCGGCCUUUCAAGGACCAACCAAAGUCGAAGCAGUUGUGGCUGGGAAUCCAGGCCGUUUUCCCAAUUCUUGAGUGGGGAAGAAGGUACAAGCUUUCCAUGUUCAAAGGUGAUCUCAUUGCUGGACUUACCAUUGCAAGUCUCUGUAUCCCUCAGGAUAUUGGAUAUUCAAAACUUGCAAAUAUGGAUUCCCAGUUUGGGCUGUACAGUAGUUUCAUUCCACCCCUGAUUUAUGCCAUCAUGGGCAGCUCAAGAGAUAUUGCCAUCGGCCCAGUUGCUGUGGUGUCCCUCUUGCUCGGGAGUAUGCUUCAGGAGGAGAUUGAUCCCAGGAACAAACACGAGUAUGAACGGCUCGCAUUUACAGCUACAUUCUUUGCUGGAGUUACUCAGUUCGUCCUAGGAUUUUUCAGACUGGGAUUCUUGAUCGACUUCCUGUCCCAUGCUGCCAUCGUUGGGUUCAUGGCUGGAGCAGCCAUCACCAUCAGCCUUCAACAGCUCAAAGGUUUGCUCGGCAUGAAGACUUUCACCAAGAAAUCAGACAUAGUUUCCGUUAUGCGGUCUGUCUGGACCAACGUGCAUCAUGGGUGGAAUUGGCAGACUAUAAUCAUAGGAGUUGCGUUCUUGAUUUUCCUGCUCCUCGCCAAGUACAUUGGAAAAACGAAGAAGAAACUGUUCUGGGUUCCUGCUAUUGCGCCAUUGAUUUCAGUUAUCAUUUCAACCUUCUUUGUUUUCAUCACCCAUGCAGAGAAGAAAGGAGUCCAAAUUGUGAACCAUAUUGAAAGAGGAAUCAAUCCUCCAUCUGUGAGUGAAAUACAUUUCACUGGCAGUUAUAUGACGAAAGGUUUAAGAAUCGGUGUCGUUGCAGGGAUGAUCGCCCUUACGGAAGCUGUAGCAAUUGGUAGAACCUUUGCAGCAAUGAAGGACUAUCACUUGGAUGGUAACAAGGAAAUGGUGGCGUUAGGCACGAUGAACAUUGUUGGCUCCAUGACUUCUUGUUACGUAGCCACAGGUUCUUUUUCACGUUCGGCUGUGAACUACAUGGCUGGAUGCAACACGGCCGUCUCCAACAUCGUAAUGUCUUGUGUUGUUUUGCUAACACUGGAAGUGAUCACCCCACUUUUCAAGUACACCCCCAAUGCCAUUCUGGCCUCCAUCAUCAUAUCAGCUGUGGUGGGAUUAUUCGACUACCAGGCGAUGAUUCUCAUAUGGAAGAUCGAUAAGUUCGAUUUUGUUGCUUGCAUGGGAGCCUUCUUUGGCGUUGUCUUUGCCUCUGUUGAGAUAGGCCUUUUGAUCGCUGUUGCUAUAUCUUUCGCCAAGAUUCUUCUCCAGGUCACGAGGCCACGAACUGCAGUUCUGGGUCGAAUUCCAAGGACUACAGUUUACAGGAACAUUCAGCAGUACCCGGAAGCAAUAAAAGUUCCAGGAGUUCUGAUUGUGAGAGUCGAUUCUGCAAUCUAUUUUUCCAACUCCAAUUACAUCAGGGAGAGGAUACUGAGAUUGCUCAACGACGAAGAGGAACUACUGAAAGAAAACAACGAAGCAAGAAUUCAGUAUCUGAUCAUUGAAAUGUCGCCUGUAACUGACAUAGACACAAGUGGGAUUCAUGCCCUUGAAGAUUUACAUAAGAGUCUAAAAAAGAGACAUACACAGCUUGUUCUUGCAAAUCCAGGGCAAGUAGUGCUGGACAAGCUCCACUCGUCUGACUUUGCCAACAUGGUCGGAGACGACAAGAUUUUCCUCACUGUUGGAGAUGCUGUCAUGACUUUGGCACCUAAGAUGGAGCCUUAGAUCAUUUUUAUCGACCCUAUGGCAAUAUGCAACUGAUUUGUGUAUUGAGGAAGAAGAUUCUAAAUAUUUAUUGGACUUAGGAAACUAGUUUUACUCUAUUCUGGAGGUGGUGUCCAUGUGUCCAGAAACUCCGCAACUGUACAUAUUUUUCCUUGCAUAUUCUCCUGAUUUCAUCCCCUUUCUCUGGCUCUGUGUAGUCCAAGUUGAAGUAAUAGCCUUUGAUGUGCCAGGCACGACAGCGAAACAAAUCCAUCCAAUAAGGAAUUUUGCACUUGGUAAUUAAAAUAAUUUUAAUAUAAGACUGGUAUGAGUACUACCAACACUUGGAAAACCAUGGGAUGCUAAGAGUAUAAUAAGUAAAUCAAACAUCCAUCGUGCAUACAGCAGUCAGCACAAAGUCUCAUCUCCAACACUAACAAGAAGUAGCCCAGAUCGGCUCUAUGUACCUGUGCUCUCGACAUAUAUAAUCUAAAAGGACUAGCAACACAAUUUAACUCUUACUAAAUAAGCAACAUCACUAGAAUUAAUCACACGAGAAUAGA